CAGCAGGCACGAGCGGGUCCCACCUCGCAGCCCCCCUAAUCCCCCACCCCAAAUGUCGUCGUCCUCCGAGCUCUACAACCUUGUCCCCGCACCCCAAACCCUAAACCCUCCCGCACCUGCCGCCGCCGAUCUCUCCAGCUCCACCGCCGUCGCGGCGGCGGCGGCGGCGGCGCCGGGGGACGGCGCCCUCCGCGGCCGGGUUCGCCGUCCGGUGGGGUCCUCCUCCGUCGACCGGCACGCCAAGGUCGCCGGCCGCGGCCGCCGGGUCCGCAUCCCGGCCAUGGUGGCGGCGCGCGUCUUCCAGCUCACGCGCGAGCUCGGGCACCGCAGCGACGGAGAGACCAUCGAGUGGUUGCUCCGCCAGGCCGAGCCCUCCAUAAUCGCCGCCACCGGCACCGGGGUCACCACCGAGGAGGCGCCCUCGGUCCUUGUCCCCGUCUCCUCCGUCGCGGCCACCGCGUCCAUGACGCCGGUCUCGUACUCGUACUACACCGCGCUCCUCAUGCAACCUCCCACCGCCAAGGAGUCCCCUCCUGCCUCUGCAUACGUCUCUGGCACUGCUGCGGAGGAGAAUAAUAAUAACUAGGCUAGUUUGGUGGAAGAGGAUUAUCAAAUGGCAGUUGGCUAUGCUUAGGGCUCUAAGGUUAGUUAGUUUGUAGCUUAGGGUUUAUUAUGUGUGCUCUGUGGUCAUGGACUACACCUCAAUCGUUAACUUAUCACCUUGGGGAAGGAUUGCGGGUGAUUUAGGUAGCAAAACUGAUUGAGAUGGUAACAACAGAAGAGGGGAAAUGAUAUCUUUCUUAUUGGUUGUUGAGUUCUACUGAGUUGCAAACAAAGUCUAAUCUCUUGUGAAUCGUCUAGUGCUGCUGAUUUCUAUAUCUUGGUGCUUCAGUUAGUAUGUGAAUGUUCUUUU